GAACCAAAGAUGCACAACAUUAAAUUUCCAUUAAAAAGACUCACCAGAUUCUUUUGUCCAACUUGACACUUCAAAUUUCCACUCUAUCCUAGCCUCAUCAAACUCAACUCAUCAAAACAAUUUUCAACCUCUCCAAAAGUCCAAAGAUCAAAAAAUGCUUCUGAACCCACAAAACCCACUCUAAAAGAUCUGCGAGCACUUUCAAACUCACUUACAAUAAAUCGUCCUUGUUCUCCUGCUACCACAUCAGCAAUCCCUAAAGAUGCUAUACUAAAACAACUACCAAAAUAUCUCAGAUCUGCUAUUCCCAACCAAAACUUGUUUGAGAGACAAGAAUCACUUUCCAUAAUCUUUGAAAUACUAAACAAAUGGAAUUACACGACUGGUGGAACAGCCUGGAUUCUCAGCUUAUGAGAAACAAUCUCCACGAUACACCACUUGACCCAACAAGACCUCCUUCGCCCAAAAGACCUCUCAGACUUCCUCCGUCUCCUCCACCACUCCACAACUCCCUUCAACCCACACCAAUUUUCCCACUUAUAACCCCAGCCACUCUCCUCCUCCUCAUCUCCCGUCUUCUCAAAAUCUCCACCAUAAGCCCCUUAUCUCAGACUGACUUUAACCAGCUACUAACUUCCUUCUGCACAAGUGCCUAUUCCUGUGCGCCAGUUGGCGAGCCAACUGGCGCCCAAGCAGGAAGUCUCACUUUUGUGUAUGGAGUUCAGGAGAUAGCGAAGGUCGUGGGACAAGGGAGUGGGGUGGUCAGUGAGGAACAACUGAGAGAGAUAGUGAGUGUUUUUGGGAUUAAUGGGUUUUAUAAGCCACAUAAGAGGAGAGAUGGCAGUUUGAGCUAUUUUAAGAGGGAUAGGUUUGUAGAGAGUGUUGAGAGGAUUUUGGAGAAGGGAGAGUAUGAUGCGGAAGAGGAGAUUAGAGAGUAUUUGAAGGAGUUAAAGGAAAUUGAGUAGUUUUAGUGGUAAGGU